ACGAUUGAAAGGUCGGAGAUAACAGAUAUAUAACAUUAUAAUAUGAAAUUGUAUUAAAAUUGAAAACAUUCCAUAGAACUUGUCAGAGGUUAAAAUAUUGUACGUACCUGCAGCACGAAUCUUGAACUAAAAAAUUCUCUAUCAUGAGUUCCGGAUUUAUAUCGGAAUCAGAAAUCUUGGAGGCCCGGCGGCGUCGACAAGAAGAAUGGGAAAAAGUCCGCACUGAAGAUCAGCCUAAAGAGGUCCCGGAGGAACCUUAUGAUACUCGACCCCUCUAUCAACGCUUGGAAGAACAGAGGCUUAAAAAAGAAGCUGAAUUUGAAGAGGCACACAAACUUAAGAACAUGAUAAGAGGUCUAGAUGAUGAUGAAGUAGGCUUCCUUGACUUGGUCGAAAGGACAAAAGCAGAAGUUGCACAACAAAUAAGUAUUGAGGAGAAGAAAGAGAUGCAGGAGUUUCGAGAGCGAGUGUCAAACCUGGCCGAGAGUGAGGAGAUAAUUCGUCUCCGUGCUCAACUAGCACCCGCAAGGACUACACCUGCCGCAGCUCAGAAACAGAAGAAUAAAUUGCAGGGCGUUGUUGUAAGAAAGAGGAAAGCUAGUGAAAUGGAAGGGGAAAAAGACAAGGACUCUCCACCACAGAAAAAUGGAAUUGAUAAUAGUGUAAGCAAUAUAGUAGUGGAGUCAGAGACCUUAGGAGCGAUGAGGUCUGUUGCAGUGUUACCUGGUCUGGGACAUUACACAGACACAUCCACUGACACUGAUGACUCAUCGGAUAAUGAGCAUGAAAAAUGUGUAAAAAGAGAUCUACUCGGAAGGAGACCGGAGCAAGUAGCAGAUAAAAGAAAAGAUGAUUCAUGUUAAACAUUUUAAGAUUUUAGUGUCGCAGUCUAGUGCGCCUAACCACCUAACGGUGAAACCAAUUUUGAUAUAUUUAUUGAGAUUGCCGUAAUAGAAUAUCAUAAUUAUUUCACUUGAUAGCAGUUGGUAUAAUUUAUAGGUUUUGAUUUUUUUUAUGAUUAAUGUAUAGGGUAACAAAUAUUUGAAAAAAAAUGAUUAUUGUAUAGGGUAACAAAUAUCAACACAGUAACAGUGAUUUGUAGCUAUUUCUACGUAGUUAAUGAAUAAUCCAGCUCCCAGAUUGUACCCUAGGAAUAUACUUGUAACACUAUACGGUUUAAUUUUCAUCGGUAUGUUACACCACCUUAGACAUUUAAUAUUAAAAUGCUGUUUUGUUCUGUGAUGUACAUAAUUUCUAAUUGCAAUUGUUAUUUUUAAUGUAAUAAAGUUUUACAUUUG